ACAGAGAAAGCAAAUCUUUGACAUAAAGUGCGACGUAGACAAAAAAUAACCUCAAACCUGUUCAAAUCAUAACAAAUCGCAAAACGCAGUACUUGUUAAAUGCAAUGCAAAUAUUUAUUAGUGAAAAGCAGUGAUUUUAAACUGACCUGUGUAAAAUCUUCUUGCGCCAAUAUUUUAAAUUGUUUUAGUCAAAUUUCUAGCAAAUUAUACGUGUAAGCUGACGGUUAAACACUUUUCUGCAUCACGCGCUUGGCUAACCUAAGUUUUUCGGUAAAAAUCGAAAGUCAGGUGGAAAUAGUUGGUGUUUUCAAAUCGUUAUAAAUUCAUUAAUUAAUAUGGGAAGUACAGAUAUUGAUAAUAACUAUGUAAAUGGCUUAGAAUAUUGUAAAGAAUAUAAACGUUUAAAAAUAUUACCUGCGAAUGACCAGACAAAAGCGUUGCAAACAAUUUUACGCGACAAAAAUACUACUCGAAGUGACUUUAAAUUUUAUGCUGAUCGAUUAAUACGUCUUGUUAUAGAAGAAAGUUUAAACCAGCUUCCAUUUACUGAAUGCAAUGUUAUAACUCCGACUGGUGCUACUUACAAAGGAUUGAAAUACAAGUCCGGAAAUUGUGGAGUUUCUAUUGUUAGAUCUGGAGAAUCUAUGGAACAGGGUCUAAGGGAUUGUUGUAGGAGUAUAAGAAUAGGUAAAAUUUUAGUUGAAUCAGAUAGCGAGACUCAUGAAGCUAAAGUAGUCUAUGCUAGAUUUCCAGAAGAUAUUGCAAGGAGGCAUGUUUUGUUAAUGUAUCCUAUAAUGUCUACUGGAAACACUGUCAGUAAAGCGGUCAAUGUUUUAAAAGAACAUGGCGUGAAAGAAGACUGCAUAAUUUUAAGUAAUUUAUUUUGCACCCCUCAAGCUGUGCAGACAAUAUUAGAAUCAUAUCCAAGGAUGAAAAUAUUGACAUCUGAAGUCCAUCCAGUUGCUCCCAACCAUUUUGGACAGAAGUAUUUUGGUACUGAUUAAAUUAUGGUUCUUUAAUUACUCUCUUUGACUGAAUCAAAUUAAAAUUAUACAAUUUCUAUCUUAUUUAACUUAUAUUAUUGCUUUGCGUAUAUUUAAUAUCUAGCAAUGUUAUAUUUUUAGUAAAUUGUUAAUACCAGCACUAUAUCGUUUUUAUUAGAAUUAUUUUUAUUGGUUUGAUAUUAGAAAAAAUCUAAGUUAAAAAUAUUUUUUCUUUUUUGGGAUUACAUUGAAAGUUAUUACAAUUUUUCUAUUGUUUGUAAAUGUUAAUAUUUAAAUAUCAUUAAUCUCUGGCUUAAUAUUGUGGAUACUAUGGAUUACAUUUCUAAAUAUAUGUAAUUUUAAUUCUAAUAAAGGGUGUAUCAAAAAGUACACAACAAAGGAGAUUAUUGAGUUAUUGCAAAAACUUUAUAUGGAAUUUCUUUGACAUGACCAUUAACAAAAGAUAAUUAUUUUGACAUCUUGUAACCACUGCCGUGGCGACCAGUUACAAAUAUGUGAAACUGAGGUUAUGUGACAAAAUAUCAAAAAAUGUCAAAUGGUGGGUUCAUACAGCAAAAUAAAAAAUGUCUAUACCUAUGUGGCGAAUUCAUCUCUCCAAAAAAA